CUUUCCGCAAACCCUAGAACGGCUCUUCCUCUGCGGCCUUCAACUCGCAGGUAAGGGUUUAUCCGCGAAGCAAGCUAAUGGCUCCAAAAGUUGAGAAGAAGGCUGAUCCAAAGGCUCAGGCCUUGAAGACUGCUAAAGCAGUGAAGUCAGGACCAACCUUCAAGAAGAAGGCCAAGAAGAUCCGAACUAAGGUUACAUUUCAUCGCCCCAAGACAUUGAAGAAGGAUAGGAACCCCAAGUAUCCACGUAUCAGUGCUCCACCAAGGAACAAGCUUGAUCAGUAUCAGAUCCUCAAAUUUCCCCUCACCACAGAGUCAGCAAUGAAGAAGAUCGAAGAUAACAAUACUUUGGUCUUCAUUGUGGACAUUCGUGCUGAUAAGAAGAAGAUAAAGGAUGCCGUGAAGAAGAUGUAUGAUAUUCAAGCCAAGAAGGUCAACACCUUGAUCAGGCCUGAUGGCACGAAGAAGGCUUAUGUGAGGUUGACUCCAGAUUAUGAUGCCUUGGACGUGGCUAACAAAAUUGGAAUCAUCUAAGCUAGCUUGUGGCAUCCUGUUUUGAGCACAUCCAUUUAUUUUGUUAAGAGACAACUCUGUUUAGAUUUUAAGCAGGGAGGCUUUUCAUAUCUAGUUUUGGAAGUUGUAAUCUUGUUUCAACUGCUAGUUAAUAGUCUGGUUUAUCAUUAUUUUAAGGGAAUUCAAAGUUUUGAUUUAGUGCUUUUGAAUGUUCUGUAUGCGAUGACAUAUUACUUGUUGGGUAAAAUGAUCCAUUUGGGAGCACUUCGAAACUUCAAUU